CGCGUUGAGUCGAACGCGCCGUGGCCCCGUGGCGCCGUGCCGAAAACGUGCUUUCUUCGCGACGAUCGUUUUGCUGCGAGUUUUGAUUACCUUUCAACAUCGUCCCGUGGUACUACCAGUUAUAUGCCCGGUUGCCUGUUGAGAUUUCGCAACAUUAGAAAGGCCGCAGCUGUUGUCAGCUUUUACGGCGCCAGAAGUUCCAUUUGUUGUGCGAGAUUUACGAAAAUGGCAGGAGAGCCACCUCCCAAGAAGGUUACAGCUGCCAAAACGAUCGGAACGCACAACGGAACGUUCCACUGCGAUGAAGCGCUGGCGUGUUUCCUCUUGAAACAACUCCCAGCCUACGAAGACGCCAACAUCGUCAGAUCACGAGACAGUGCUGUCCUGUCGACAUGCGACAUUGUCGUUGACGUUGGCGGGGUUUACGACCCAGCUACGAAUCGCUUCGACCACCAUCAAAGGACCUUUUUGGAGACCAUGCACUCCCUGAACGAGUCGAAGAAGUGGACGACAAAACUGAGCAGCGCGGGGCUCGUCUACGCCCACUUUGGCCGCGAGGUCAUCGCACGUGUCCUCGGCUGGAAACUGGACGACCCUAACGUGGAGAAGAUCUACGACAAAGUCUACGAGAACUUCAUGGAGGAGAUUGACGCCAUCGAUAACGGAGUCAAGAUGUUCGACGAGGAACCCAGGUAUCGCAUCUGCACCAACCUGAGCGCCAGGGUUGCCCAUCUGAACCCUCCGUGGAACGAGCCGAACCCAAACCCAGACGAGAGGUUUCAGAAGGCGUUGAAACUGACUGGGGAAGAAUUCCUCGACCGCGUUCGAAGCUACGCGACCAUAUGGAUGCCUGCACGUGACCUGGUUUUCAACGCGAUCCAACAGAGGCAAAAGGUGGACGGACUCGGAAGCGUGGUGACAUUCAGCAGCGGCUGCUGUCCGUGGAAGGACCACCUGCUGGAGCUGGAGGAAGAACUGGGCAUCCCGGGAGAGGUGAAGUUUGUGCUCUAUCAGGACGAGAACAAGGCGUGGAGGGUACAAGGAGUCCCGCCCAGUUUGGGCUCCUUCGACUGCAGGGUCUUCCUGCCCAAAAAAUGGUGCGGCCUCAGGGAUAAAGAACUGUCGGACGCGAGCGGGAUCGAAGGCUGCGUGUUUGUGCAUUCCAACGGUUUCAUUGGCGGCAACAAAACUAGGGAAGGCGCACUCCAGAUGGCCGUCCAUACGCUCAAGGGCGUCGAAUGAACAGUUUGUUUCUGCUUAAAACGCUCUCCUCUCGUUACAUCCCAACAUGUUUCACAGCAGUCUUGA